AUGUACAGAUUUUCAGCAAAGGUGGCGCAUGCAGAUGGACCUUUACGAGAAGCUUCUCCUGCACGACAAAAGCAGCGCCAAUUGGCCCGAAACGGCAAUACUGUUGCUAGCUGGCCCCAGCCGGACUUGAGUCCGAAUGAUGUACCGGAGGACUGCGGUGAAAGCAAAUACAUGCAAAUUGAAAAGAUGAACAAGCUGCAGGUCUACUUGACCAACCUGCAAGCGCGAAAUGAUCGGGAAUCGGACAUGACGAACGGUGCUGUCGGGUCGCAGAGACAGAAAUUGAGUCCGCCCUCGACCUCCAGUUCAGCCUCGAGUCUCAGCUCGCUUCGCAGCAUUGAAGAGUACGCAUUUCCUGCGACUGUUGACAUGUUUCAGAAUGGGAUUAUUGUGAGGCAGCUGCGAAAGGAGGGCUGCGCUGUAGCGCAGGCUGGCAAGAAUGUGGCUGCCGGUUUCUGUACAAGUGGCUCUCUUUUCAGAGAGAAUCCCUUGCGCCAACCGUUUAGGUCAGCAUCCUACAGCGCUUCAACGGCAGUUGAAAGUGCAGAGGAUGGCACGGCUAAAUGUGGUUCUGUACCAUCUGCGAAAUAUGUGGCACAUAAAAUAGUGGAGGACAUGUUGGGCUAUUAUCUCGUCAAAGGUGAUAUGAAGAGGAUGGAGAGAAUUGGAUUGCGGCGAAUGGAGUGUGAAGAUGAUGCGCCCAACUCAAAGUCGACCGAACCGGAUCAGGAACGUGGCAUGAAGGCAAUAGUCAAACGUACUUCUCAGCAUUCGGAAGGGUCGAAAUCGAACGAUUCAACACACGCUUCGAGUAAAGGCUCGUUUAAGUCAGAUCCGGUUUAUUAUGAAUCGGACUCCAAGCUUGAUGUCCUUCUACCAACACCCAGCUACAUUGGUUCAUCUAUAGUCACAAAAUCUAAGUCACAAUCCUUUCGAAACCUUAUUAUAACACUUGAUUUGCCAGUAGAUGAGUGGCUUGAAGCUGCUGCCUUGGGUGAAAAAGCAUCUCUACCGCCUGAUCAUAAUAAAGGAAAAGAUUCUCGACUCACCCGAAGAAAAGAGCUAACCAACGAGAGAAAUAAGGAAAUGGUCGUCUCGUCAACCUCUCGUUUCGAUGCGUGCACCCAGACAAAGUUACGCUAUUUCGUGAAAUAUGACGAAGAAAAACAAUUUGGGAAACAUUUUUUUGCCGAUGAUGAGCUAAAUAGGCAUUUAUACAUUAUGCUCAGUGAUGAAAAGACUCAAAAUGAUACCCAAAUAGAAGUGACUGAUCAAAACUCAGGUCUUUCAUUGGAAUCCAGACUUCGGAUAAGAAGAAGAUUUUCACACGUUAAACAGACCGCCCAGGCUCCGAUCUCAGGCACUGCCGUCACGGAUCGUCUGCUUGAUGAAACCCGUCUAGCCCGAGCAAACUGGCGACGCCUAACCCGAAUCCUGGCCGACUUUGGCAGAUCAAGUGGAUUUCUAGUACAUUCUGGCCAUAACGCCGAAAUUCUGUGA